GUAGCCAUGGCUGCACCCACGCUGCCCACAGCAGCACAUGUAUCCCCCCGCCCAGAGCAUGAGGAGAGGGGCGCAGGGGGAGGGCAGGAGGGCAUCCCCAUCCCCAGUGUCCUCUAGCCAGUUGGAAAGGGCUAUGUCAGCCCGCUGUAGGUAUUGCUCUUGAACUAGCAGGCUAAACUAUAGUUUUUGGGGUUAAACUGUAAUUUUCAAAUUCCUUUUUUUUUUCCUUUUCCCCAAUAUCACCACUGCAUUGCAAGAGAUGAAUCCAUUCCCCACCUCGGACUUUUUGGUUAGGAAGGAAUUAAGCUAUUUUACUCAUUUUUUUUUCAGCCGAUCUAUUAAUUAAUAUUAAUAUAUACCACCAUAAAUGUUCUGCAUGGUGCGUACUGACCCGUAAGAAGCGCUGCUGGGGCUUUGCACCAUGACAGGUGACUUCUGCUCUCUUGUAUGUCCCUCAAUGAACUACGGCCUCAGUUCUCUUGGGCUGUUGGUGUUGCUUUCUCUCAGUAACCCUGCUUAGCACCGCGCUUCCCUGAGGCCCUGUGGAAGUCACUAGUCUUUAAUAGCCCACAAAUGAGCAUUACUUCUGGUUUCUGAAAGUUUCCAAGAGGCAACCUGCCAAACCUUUCAGUGAUACCCAGGGACGAGGCAGGAGCACCAGCAGUUAUUCCAAGCCAGAACAGAGGGCUGUCCUGGGAGAGCGGAUGGUACCUUGGGUUGUAGGUGCCUGUUUCCACUCAGAGCCUUCCCAAGUGGUGUGCUGGAGCUGUUCUCCGUAUGUAGCACGCGGAAUGGAAAGCAGAUGCAAAGUCCUGCACUUGCCCCUGCUCUUAUGUCCCUGAACACUCCUCCUGUGCUCUGUCCAUACCCAUAGAAACUUCAGGAGAAUUGAGAUCAUAAUGGAAAGCAUCAACAGAGUCUAAGUUAAAAUGGUGUUAAAAAUAACACAAAUUGUUUUUCUAUACCUAACAGAAGACAGGAGCUCUCUGACUAAACAAGCUGAAGCAACUGUUGCUAUAAACUGAAAAAAACUUACUCCAGAGCAAUUUUAUGUUACAAGAGAAAAAGAAACUGAACCGCUAAGCAAAAGUCCAUUUAGUGGGAUCUAUCUGAAUAACACGGAAUCAGGAAUAUACUGCUGUGUGUGCUUCAGUGCCCCACUGUUUAGCUCAGAAAAGAAGUAUAAUUCUGGGACUGGAUGGUCAUCAUUUUCAGAGGCUCAUGGUACUUGUGACAGAGAUGAAAGCAACACCAAUAUCAUGAGCCGACCAGAUAACUCAUUGGGAUCAACUAGAACUGAAGUAGUCUGCAAACAGUGUGAUGCCCAUCUAGGCCAUGUGUUUGAUGAUGGUCCCGCACCUUCUGGGCAGAGGUUCCGUAUCAACAGUGUUUCAUUAAUCUUCAGACCAGGCUCUGGCCAGUGAGAAAUGGAUCACUGGCUUACAGAACAUCCUUUCACUGCUCGUACAACAGGCUUGCAAAAAACUCUCACACUUUUGCUACAGAACUCAAAUGUUAGUACUCAUGCCAUUGCAGCUUUGCUUUCCAGCUAUUAUGAGUGUUGAUAAAAUACAUAUUUUUGUGGUAACUCUUUGGCAGUCAGCCUUUUCAUGGUUAGUGUGAUAUAAGUGUUCAUCUAUUGGGUUUUUAAUUUUAAAAAAAUACAAUAAAUCUAUGCAAUAUUUCACAUUCAUAACUAUCGUCAUUAGCUGUACUGAGGCUGCUGAAAUGAAGUGCUCUCCUGAAUGUGACUUUGCCUAUGCUGAACAGUAGUUGUGGCACCCAGGAAUACAGAUGUACAUGACUGAUCAUGCCAGAGCUUUCACUUCUGUAAAAUCAUCAUAUCCUUCUAAAGGGAAGCAAAAAUAAUAUGAAUCUCCAAAUAAAGGGGGGGGGGGGGGGGGGGCAUCCCCUGAUGUGAGAGACCUUUAGCCAAGACAAGUGACUUUUCUGUGAAUCCAUAAAAGCAAAGUCCUGAAGGAAGGCCUAUUUAAAACUAUUCCAAGCAAGAGAACCAGUGGAAAUAUGAAGUCUUUCUUUUAAAUCAGUUACUUUGGUUCCGUGUCCAAUAGCAAGGAUGAAGUAGGAUUUACUCUACAAACUUCCUCUGAAAGAAAUAGUAUGAUAAUACUGUAACAAUCUGUGUAAUGUCUCCAGAAUUCUGUUAUCACUUGUGUAUUUCAGAA